AGUGUGUUUUGCAUAAAAUGGGUCCAACGGAUGUGCGGCUCAGUUUUGACGAGUGCCCCAUCAAUUGGGAAGAUAUGGCGACUGUGGAUCAGGAAGGAAGCGGGUCAGAUCUCAAACAUGACGCCAUUGAAAGUGGGAUGAAUGAGAAACAAGAUGAAAAAACUCAUGGUCAUGGAAACAAACACAAAGGUCAUUCUCAACAGAAUUGCCUUAAAACAGUGUUCGUGAUCUUAGGCAUAAUUGGAGGGAUAGCAGCUGUAGCACUUAUAGUCUUAGCAAUAUUAACAUCGAUAGCAACAAAGGCGUAUGAUGCUGAGCAGUCCAGCAGGAUGGUGGCCAUGGUAUUCAUGGCGGUGUUAGCAGCAUUCACAAUAUGCACCAUUAUCUAUGGAGAAGUCGCUAUUUUUAAAAAACAUUCGAGACCUGUCAAUGUGGCAGCUGUGGUGCUACUACUUCUUGCAAUAGUGCAAGCAUUGAUUGCUGGCAUAUCUGUGAAUGUGGAACCAGCUGAUGAGGCUAAACUCCUCAAGUCACUGACAGAUUCCUUCAAGCAAUCUCGAGAAGAAAAUCCGAGGCACGUGAAGAUGUGGGCGAUGACACAGUCAGAUUUGAACUGUUGCGGUGUCUACAGUCCAGAAGACUACCGAAGCUCGAAGCUACCUUACUACUUUCCACCGAACGUGCCAAUUUCUUGCUGCCCCACUUACGACUCCUCUAGGUCUGAUCUGGUGCAAGAAAGAGAUAGAGAACUCUGCAAAGUAAAACAGUCUUACUACACUGAUGGGUGCAAGGACCUUGUCCUCAUGGUAUUUAAGGAGACUUCGUCGAUGGUGUUCAGUGUAUCAAUUUUACUUAUAGUAGUUGAGGUUCUGCUAAUUAUAAUUGGUGCAGUAUUAUGCAGAAGAGAGACAAAACAAUCAACAAAGUAAUUACUCUUACAGUUACUGUAGGUAUUUCUCUUACUGUGUUUAUGGAAAACAAAUGAUAAAUGUUAUGAUCGAAGAAGCAUUCCUAAAUUAUGGUAAAUAAUACAUAGGUAUAGUUUCAUACUCGUUUCAUCCAUUCUCCUGUUAACUAUGGUCUGGUAUGGUGGUAUAACUAUUAUACCUAUUUACCUAAGGCAAAAGACAGACACCUAACAUAAGAAUGGAUGAUACAGGUCUGUAUGCAAUUAUAUCAAUUUUUGGUCAUCAACGUCGUCGAUAAUUCUUAAUUUGGCAACCGUACGUAUUUAAGAAAGCUUCUCUAAACAAAUACAGUGUAUUUUUCUACACACAUAAGAAAUAACUAAAUAGUUUAAAUCCAAAACAGUUCUAAUAUUUCUCAAAUACUACGAUUAUCACGGCUGAUCUCACGUUAGGAAACAAUUGUGCAAAGCACAAACUAGAUGGCGCUAAAUGAAACAACGAAAUACUUUAAUAAAAUUGUAAAAAAUAAAAUACCUAAAAGGUGUAUUUAUAUUUAGUUUUAUAUUUUAAAUUAACAGCCUGAAUAAAACCGUCGGAAUCAUUAUUUAUUUUUUCUUGUUUCCAAUUUAUUUUUUGUAAAUAGUGAUGUUGAACAAUAUAAAUCUGAAUAGGUAUGUUUUAUACUCAUUUCACGUGUAAAUAUUAACUAAGGGUGUAUACUAAGUAAUUAUAAUUGAAAUAUAAUUUGAUAGUAGUUAGGUACCUAAAUUAUAUCCUUAGCGUAAAAUAAGCAUUAGGAAAAUUAUAUCA